CGCGUCCCUGGCGACGCGGCCGCCCCGGUGCCGGAUCAUGGCGGCGCCCGCGGCGGCGGCCGAGCUGUCGCAGGCGCUGUCCCGGCCCCUCGGCGUCCUCCAGCAGCCCGAGGGCCGGCCGCUGCCGGGCGCGGUGCUGCAGGAGGUGUUCGCGGCGCGGCUGCUGCGGCCGCUGUCGCGCUGCCUGGCGGGGGACGCGGCGGAGCGGUGCCGGGAGCUCGCCCUGCAGCUGCUCCGCCACGGGCUCAGCCACGGCGAGCGGCCCUGCGAGGCGCUGCCCGUGCUGCUGCCGGCCCUGGCGCAGCGGCUGUGCCCGCCGCAGGGCGCGGAGCCCAGCGAGGAGCUGCGGCUCGGCCUGGUGCAGCUGCUGGGCCUCCUGCUGCAGCGCUGCGGCGCCGCCACGGCCCCCUACCUCGGCGACAUCGCCCGCGUCCUCCAGGCCACCCUCCUCGACCACUAUGCCGAGGUCAGGCGGGAGAGCUGCGGCUGUGCCGUGGCCUGCGCCAGGGCCAUGCCAGAGCACUUCCAUAUGCAAUCAGAGUCGCUGAUAAAACCCCUAAUGCAGACAAUUUCCCACCAACACUACAGAGUUCGUGUUGAUGUGAUCCAGGCUACUGGAGCAGUGAUACAGUUUGGGAAUGGAAAGUCUGUGGAUGAUGUCCUGUCUCAUCUGGCCCAGAGGUUAUUUGAUGAGAUUCCCAAGGUACGGCACGCUGUAACAACUGUCAUUGGAGAAUGGUUGUUGCACCUACGAGACAGAUACUCAUAUUUUCACAAGCUGAUCCCUCUGUUACUUGGCAGCUUUACUGAUGAAAUUCCUGAAAAUGCGAAACUGGCUUGGACCUACUGGGAAAAGAUAGGCUUGCAAUGGGAGAAAGAGAAUGAAGAAGAUUUGAAGGAUAAGAUGGAUUUUAGUGUUUCACCAUCUCAUUAUCCCAAAGGAGAGACUCGACCAGGACUGGGUUGUCGGGAACUUGUGUCGAGAAACCUCUCCAAAAUUCUCCCAGGUCUCUGUCAUGAUAUCACAGACUGGCUUGGAAGCACAAGAAUCAAAGCAUCCCAGCUCCUGUACACAUUAUUGCUGCAUGCAGAGGAUCACAUCACCCAACACAUGGAGCUACUGCUGAGAACUUUGUACCAGGCAUGCUCAGAUGAAGAAAGUGAAGUGGUUAAAAAUAGUGUGAAAGCAGCAGAACUGAUUGGAACGUUUGUCAGCCCUAAGGUAUCUUUGAAAUUAAUCACCCCAGCCUUUGAGCAGACACCCAAAGCCUCCUGUGUGAUGGUUCUGGCUGCAGUGAUUCGAGGUAGCCCAAAAGAAAUUUUACAGCCUCAUGUGGCCCAGCUUGGCAACACACUGUCACAGGCUGGAGUCUGUCAGAGAUCUGAAGAGGUCUUUUAUAUGGAGCAGUUGCUUUAUUGUGUACAAGCAUUGAUUGAAGUGUGCCAGGAAGACUGCAAAGAAAUUAGCUUGCAGCUAAUGAAAGUUUUGGUGACCAUAAUGGCAGUACCAUCUUCUCAGGACCUUAAAGAAAAGGUGGAGAAAACAAUGUCUUCCUUAGCUGCAGUGCAGCAAUUGGAAGGUUUUCACUGUCUCUACAAGCAGCACAUCAUUCAGCUGCUGGAGUGGCUUGCAGUGUCAUGUGAGGGGUGGAGCUGCUAUUCCCCAGAAGUGUUGCAGUUCGAGGUCGUCGCAACCCAUUCAGGUGCUGUCAUAGGUGAAGCUCUGGAUGACUUUGUUCUGGUUCUGAGGACGUGUCUCCAGCCAAGCAGAGAUCCCCAGAUGCGCUUAAAGCUCUUCACUGUUCUAUCCCAGUUGUUGCAGAAAGCAAGUGAAACCAUCAAUUCUCAGGGGCUGUUCCCUAGCUACCUUGAGACUGUGAUAAAAGACAUCCUGGCUCCUAAUCUGCAGUGGCAUGCUGGAAGAACAGCAGCUGCCAUCCGUGCUACAGCUGUAUUGUGCCUUUGGGCUCUCAUCCACUGUGAAAUGCUUUCACCAAAAGAGAUCUUAAAAGUGAAAGAUGAGCUGAUGCCCCAAAUUAUUGCUUCCAUGGAUGAGGACUCUAAAAUUACUCGACUGAUGGCUUGUCGUAUUGUUGAUGUUUUUCUAAAAGUCUGUGGGAGGCAGUUUGAUGCAGAUAAAUUUAAGAACACUUACACAGAGGUGUUGAAGCGUCUGGAUGAUGCCUCGGGUGAUGUGAGACUGGCAGCUGCUCACACCUUGGCUAAUUGGUUUAAGUGCUUAAAGGACAGUGAUGUGAAAUCCUCAAUGGAAGGUCAUGUUGAGUUUCUGUACCAAGAGCUGUUGGUACAUCUCGAUGACCCAGAUGAAAAUCUCCAAAAAGCAGUCCUAGAAGUUUUAAAGGAAGGAAGCAUUUUAUAUCCAGACCUGCUGGUGAGAGAAAUUGAAGGGGUUUUACACAAGCAUCAAACACCAGUCUAUUGUAAUCAGCUGCUACAUCACAUUCAGUCAGCCAAGGAAUCAGCUCUGAAUCACUGCUGAGAUUCUGUGUAGGAAACUGAUGUGAAAUCUGUAUGACUUGGAUUAUCUUUGUAUUUUGGUUUGCUUAAGAAAGGCUGGGCUGGAAGUACAUUGUUUUUUCUUUGUAAAUUCACUGUUGGUUCAUUUGGAAGUGAAAUUAGCGCAAUUCUAUGUUCUUUGCAGUUUGAACAGUUCUUUGUAUUUCCUAGCAAUAAAACAAUGGUUUAAUUCACUUUGCAUUGGUUUUUCAGAUACAAGGUUUAAAGAAGGCAUGUUUUUUCAGGAAUUUAAUUUUUAGAUUAUUUGACAAUGUAAUAAUUUAAUGUCAGAGUUACUAAUGUAAUACAGCAAGGAUUCAGUCUUUCAAAAAGCAUUUCACACUGGAUAAAAUCACACUUCACAGUCAGGUAUGUGGUGACCAGUUUUAUUAGGAAGAAAAAAAGCAGCCAGACUUCUCCUUCGUAAUGCAGCAAAGAGUAUAAUGUUUUGAAUAUUCAUAUUUAUGCUGAUAUAAUAGGGAAAUGGGUAGCACUAAAAGAAUAGUUUUUAUUUUUAUUGUAUUACAUUUCAUGACUGGGAGUAAAGCUGAAUUUUUUUAAUUAAGGUUUAUACAUGAGAAAAAAUGUGCUGUUUUGACAUUUAGAUAACAGUAUUUAUAUUUUUGUACUAAAUAUAUAUCAUUUUCAGUUUUUAUGUUUAUACCACUGUGCCUUGGAAAGCAAGCAACAUUUGUUUGCAUAUUGCUUUGAAAUUAAAUUCUGUGACUUUAGGUUAAAGCUUGGUUUGUUUGGGGUUUUCUUCAGUAGCUUUGUAGAGUGUAAAUUUUGGUGUCAUCUUCUAUUCUCAGCUGUGUAAUAAAAACAGGGAGCUCCUAGAUGCUGUGUUCACCAUUGUGGGGUAGAGUGCUGGGGUUUUUUUGCACAUACAAAUCAUGGAAAAUCAGGAUUCUGAUGAGGGUAUUUUAAAUUAUCUGCAUUACAGACAGAAAGUGCUCUUUGGCUUCUAAUUCCCAAGUGCCUUGGCUUUGUGUCAAGUCUAAAAACAGACUCAGUGGGGGUUGUUCAUGCUCCUUAUGCUGUAGGAAGUGCUCGUGUUUGUUUGUCCAUCUGACCUAACUUUACCUUUUCAGGCCUGUGACACAGUUGUCAACCAACCCAUGAUCUGUUUACAGCAAUGUCUACUUGCCUUCCCAAAGAAACAUUUGAGACUGAUUACACACACAAGUUUUAUUCCUAGCUUAAAGGCAAAGGCAAACUUCUGGCCACUUCUCCACAAAACACUGGCUUGCUUUGAAAAUUCUCCAAAAAGGGACAAUCAUACUAAUGAUACAGAAUAGUUGAGGAGUUUCUUACGGAUCCAAAAGCUAUUGUGCAUUCCUGUAGAAUAGGAUACUCAUUUUAGGCCCUUUGUAAUGUCUUUGAAGUUCAGCUUUCUUUGAAUGAAAAGCCGAAGUACAGCUGUUCCUGUACUGAGCAGCAUUUUAAUUGACUAAAAACUAUUAACUAUUUAACUCACUGUAAGUGGAGAGGCAGCUAAAAUUAUUACAAGGCAAUAUGUAUAAAAUAUAAAUUUUGUGUAAGGCAAUGUGAGUGAAGUAAAAAUCCCUAGAGAACAUUAAAUAGAGUGAAGAGGUUGUGGAGUCUCCAGCCUUGGAUAUAUUCAAAAUGUGACUUGAUACAGCCCUGAGAAACCUGUUCUGCCUGAGCCUGUUGGGCAGGAGUGGGACUACAUACAGCAUCUCCAGGGGUCUCUUCCAGCCUGACUGUUCUGUGGUUCCAUGAAAUUGUUUCCUUAGUCUAAUCAAUUAUUAAAAAGCCAAUUAAAUUAGACUGGAAAUAGACUCUAUGCUAGCUGAGACCUUGUUCUCAAAAUAGCCUUUCAAAGCCCUGCGAAGCAGGAGGUUCCUGCAAUACAACCUAAAGUUUCACUUCAGCAGCAAGAACCCAGAUCUUAUGGUAAAGUUCCCUUGAAAGUCCCCUAAAUGCAUCCUACUUAAUGAUGCUACUACAGGCGUGAUAUUUUUAGCUUCUUGUGUUGACAAAAUUUAGAUUCUUUACCACUGAUUAACAGCCUCAUGAUAGCUGCAGUACAAAUGUUGGUCAAGUGCUUUUAAUUACUCUUGUGAUGUAAAGCAGAGAUGUUUGCAAACCCAACUUCAAAUGUGGGAUGAGAGAAGAGAACAUUCUUGGUUGACGUGGAAUCUGGUCAAAGUUUUUCAAGAUGUUCUAAAGCUGGCACACAAAUAGUAAGAGCUGAAGUAUUCCUCAAGCUUGAUAUCUUCAGCAGGCUGGGAAUUUUUUGUUCCUCCAUAUGUUGAACAUUUUGUUAUCUUUCGGAGCUGUCCGUUGUGGGAUGCCUCACAAAGAAAAAUCUCCACAUUAUCCAGCAAACCAGCUUUUUCUUCAGAGCCAGGAGAGCUUGUUAAAAUGAAUAUUCUAAUAGUCCUUCUAGAGACAUGCUACACAACAGCUUGAUCUUGUUUGUGUGUGUGUGACAAACUGGGGAUCUGCCACAUGUCUAUUAGGUCUUCUGGGUAUAGGACUUGGUAUAGUGCUAACCUUGCUUGUAUUUCAAUUUGUAUUACCAAAAUUUCUUAAAUUCCUUUACAAAAAAUUAUUGUUAUGUGCUGUCAUAUUACAGUGUGCUGUCAAUGUGGUUUAUUUAAAGUCAUUUUCUUUGAGACUCAA